UUCACCAAAGUUGGAGGAACGUCCUUUCCUUUCAAGCCUUCUUUUAAUGCUUUUUGCAGGGAAUAUCAAGAACCGUGAUCCACAAAGCAGGAUGCCGAUCAGAAUCUGUCGAGGCAUAAAACAGCUGUUCACGCGCACUGGGAAUGGAAUGGAAGGCCCGAACGUUUCGGAGUUGGAUCUCCGGGAGGAAUACGCCAAUGCUUUCCGGACCGAGUCAUACAAUGAAUUUUGGGAACGGGUCCUUGCACUGGGCAAAGGAAACUCUGUGGCCCAUUCAACCUUGGGGUCCACCACGGCUUCUCGACUCCCAUCCUACCGGCUCUUCGUCGACCAUCUCCUGGAUCCUGAUCAACCCACUGUCACCCGGAUUCUAGACUUGACCCGUACCCACGACCCACAAAGCCAAGCUCUUCUCUCCGAUUACUUCUUCGAGACGGCUAAUGCUUCCUUCUUGUGCAGUCAUUUGCUCAGAGACGUGGAUCAAACACGUAUCAAAUACAAAUCCUUGAAAAAAACACUCGAUACCCUUCCAAUUGUUCAAAUCUCACCUAUUAUUCCUUUAUCCGUGUCAUCCGACCGACUACUGGAAUUCUUAAAAUCGGAUAAUCCAUUCGUACCAUCCGCUUCGUCUCCCGAUCGAAUUCAGAUGGUUCAAACCCAUUGUUCCGACUUACUGAAACGGCUCGAGUCGAGUCGUGACAAGGCUCGAGUCAAACUCGAUCUAAUUGCCAAACUCGAACGCGGCUCCGCGGUGUUUCUCGUGGUUCUAACGGCUUCACUGACCAUAAUUGCUGCAGCGCAUGCUUUGGCUUUGCUGGUGGCCGCCCCGUGCUUGAUAGCAACUUCGCUGGAGCUGGUUUCGGCAAAGAAGCUGGCUAGAGGGUCGGCUCAGCUGGAUGCGGCCGCAAAGGGGACUUACAUAGUGAUGAGGGACUUGGACACGAUAAGUCGGCUGGUGGGUCGGCUAAGUGAUGAGCUGGAUCACAUGCAUUCUGUAGUCCGGUUCUCGCUGGAAAGAGGAGACGAUCGGCUUCAAGCCAGUGGGGAAGUGGCGCGCCAGCUGAAAUUGAAUGGCAUGACCAGCUUUACCGAUCAGCUCGACGAGUUAGAGGAGCAUUUGUACUUGUGUUUCAUGACCAUUAAUAGAGCCAGAAACCUGGUGUUGAAAGAAAUUCUGGAUCCAGACCACGCCUCCGUCUCCAAUUCCGCCCCCGUCUCCAAUUUAUUGCCUAGACUAAAUAAUUCACUUUAAAAAAUAUUUUGCAUGUACUAGAACUAGUAGUAUAUAUUUUCAGAUACUCAACAUGCAGAUAUUGCAAAAUAAAUAAUUUCCUU